AUGUUUCGCGCGGGGGGCUUCGGAAGAGGCAGAAGAGGAUCGGGUAUAAAUCCAUUCUUUUAUUAUUACGCGUAUAGAAUGUAUCAACAAUACCAAGCGGUCCCGAACAAGCCUCACGGCACGCUCGUCGUCAUGGCCGUUAUGGCUUCUUAUUACUUCGAAGUGUUCCCUCUCCUGAACGAUAUCAUUGGUGACAUCUCCAGCGCGUGCUUUUCUCCCGCGAAGGUUUUGCGAGAUUUUGAACUACAAAGAACGUUGUUUUCUUCCUUCGUCCACGGCGACGAGCUACACUUGGCGUAUAAUUUGAGCUCUUUACUCACCAAAGGCAUCAAGCUCGAAGAGAGAUACGGAGGAAAAGCGGAAAAAUUUGUUCUUUUGUUUUGCCUGGUGUCCGUUUUGACGCACGGAUUCGCGGCGAUAAUAGCAGGCGGGCUGUUCCACAGCGGACUCUUCGAUGGAGAUGUGUAUUACAACGCGACGUACGGUAGCAGUGGUGUCUUGUUCGCGUUACAAACGAUAGUAUUAGGUGAAAAUCCAAGAGGCAACUAUUCGUUCUUCGGGUUGCAGGUACCGGCGCAUCGAUUGGCGUUGACGGAAGUCGGUUUACUAUAUCUGAUGAAUCCAUCUACGUUGAAUCUCAUCGUACACGUCAGUGGAAUAUUAGCGGGCAUGCUCGUGUUGCGCCCGACGAAAGUUAUCAACAUGCUAAAGUAUAUUUUUGGUUUCAAUCUCUUUGGAGGAUUUUCGAAUUUUAGCAACAACAACCGCGCGAGAGAAGGAAGAAGAGGAGAAGGAAGAAAUACGCCACGAUUGAAUGGUAAACGGUGCGUAAUGACGGGUUUAACUGGCGAACAAGCGUCGCUGAAUGGAACUUGGGCGAGUAUAGUCCGAGUCUUAGAAAAUGGGAAUAAAGUUGUCGUUAAACUCGACGACGAAACAACAACGCGAGGCGAAAUAGCAGUCGAUAGAGAAAACGUCCUUCCAAUUUGA